AUGGUUUUCCCAGCCACAGACACGAAGACAAAACCGAACGAUGCUCGACGAGUGGAGUGGACAUCUUUACCCGAACUCCGCGAAACGUAUAGACUCGUAAUUGAACUUAUUGGCCCCGCCCAUAAUUCGAUGUCAGAAAAGUUGCAACACGUGUAAUAACUUGGAAUAAGGUGAGCUUGAACGAGUUUACCGCGCGGCUCUUUCUCUAAAGAUAGAAGCGCAUGAAAUGACGAUGUGCUAAUAUAAAUGUGACACCUGUAAAGCUGAUCUCGCAUGAAGUUACUUCGAAAGCAACGGUAUAAACCUGACGCUGCGAUUUAAAAGGAAAAAUCGCCAUGUGCAUGUCUCGUCGUCGUUAAUUUGACUGACAGUUUAUUUACAUUAAGAAAGGAAAGGAAAGAAAAAAAGGGAUGAAAUUGUACGAGAAAAGAGGAAAGACGAGAGAGAAAUAUCGCCUGAAAAAGAUUGGACAAAUUGUACAGUUGACGAUAAGACCCUAUAGAAUUUUAUAAUUAUCAAAUUCAAUAUCAAAUUCAAACCAAUAUUUGAUUAGGAGGUUUUUUAAGUUAAAUAAACUUUUUAUAUUAAUAAACUUUUUUGAUUGAAGAAGAAAUAAUGAUCUUCAACUUGAAAUUAUUAGAUUAAAUUACCUUAGGGUUAUAACAGCGUAGUAUUUUUUUAUAGGCCACAUAGAAAAAAAUUGCGACCUCGAUGUUGAAUUGAAGAUAAAUUUUUAAAUGCAGCAGUUUAAUAAUUAAGUCUGUUCGACUUUUAAAAUCUUACAUGAUUUGAGUUGAAAUCGACGUAAGUUCAGAUUGGUUUCUAUCUAUAAACAAUUUUAAAUUAUUUGUACGAGAGGAUUAUAAUUUAUAAAUUAUUUAUAUAAAUCUAAUAAAUAAACUUAAUAAAUGUAUAUUAUAUGUAUACCAUAUAAAAUAUACAAAUAUUCAAGCUAUUUUAGCAGAUUGGUGCAAUAAAUUUAGAAUUUAAAUUAAAUUAUACAUGAUAUAAUGAAUAAUAAUUAUUAUUAUAUUAAGCUUUGCUUUAAUAAUUUUAAUGAUUAUACUAAGUGUAGCUUUCUUGACACUCUUCGAACGCAAAAUUCUAAGAUAUAUAUACAAUAUCAAAAAGGUGCAAAUAAAAUAUCCUUUAAAAGUCUAUUACAACCUUUUAGAGAUAUAUUAAAGCUUUUGUCAAAGGAGAUAUUUUACCUUAAUUCAGAUAAAAUGUUUUUUUAUUAUAGCCCUUUUUGAAUCAACUAUCCAUGAAUUUACAAUAACUUAAACAUUAGUUACAGUAUGAUUUUUAUACUAUUUAUUAUGAGAUUAAAUGUUUAUCCGAUUUUGAUUAUUAGUUGAGUGUUAUCUAAUAAUUAUUCAAUACUAAGAAUAAUACGUACAAUUUCACAGACAAUUUCAUUUGAAGUGCUAUUAUAUUUAAUUGUGUUCGUUUUUAUAAUAAUAAUUGAAAAUUUCAGUUUAAUAAAAAUUAUUAACUAUCAAGUAAAUAUUAAGUUUUUUUAUUUUAAUAUAUUCUCUUUGCUUUAUAUUCAUUUUAAGAAUACUAAUUGAUCUAAAUCGUGUCCUUUUUGAUUUAAUUGGGAAGGAGAGUCUGAAUUAGUCAAUCAGGAUUCCAUUUAGAAUACUAGAUAGAAGUUUAUUUACUAUGAUUUUCUUAUCAGAAUAUAUAAAUCUAUUGUUUGUUAGGGUAGUAUUAUCAUAGUAAUUAUAUUUUAUGGAAUAAAAACAUGGAGUAUUAUAUUUAUAAUUUUAAAUAUAUAUUCAAUCCAACUAAUUUUCUUAUAAUUCGUGGAGUAUUGGCUCGAAUUCGUCACGAUUACUUGAUAUAUAUGUGCUGGAUAGAACUUUUUUAUUAUUUUAUUAUUGUCAAUUUAUUACUUAAUCUGUAUUUAUAUAAUUGAAGAAUUAA